GGGCGUCGCUAGGAGACACGUGGAGGAGCUAUGGAUGGGAGAGGUCGUUUCGGCCACGAUGGUGGUGGUCCCAUUGCAGGGGGAGGGGUUCGAAGGCCGAGGAGCGAGCAGAUCCGACGGCCAAAGCCCCCGUCUGUGGAAGACAGCCCUCACCAUGCAGGGUUUGGGUUUUACCGUGGCGGUGAUGGUGGGGACCACCACAAGGCGCAUCAAGAUCACUCCAUUGAUCAUCGGGAUCGGUCGUCGUUUGGCACCGACUACCGGCAUGAGCGGGCGGAUCGUCAUGACCGGGACUACGGGAGCUACCAUCCCUAUCACCACCGGCAUGGAGAGCGGACGGACCGGUCGGACCGUGACAGGGGGGGAACGGGAGUGGGGAGUGGGAGUCGGCAAGGGGAGCGGGGACUGAAGCGCCAUCAAGAUCGCGACCGGGAGGGAGGAGAAAGACAUGAAAGAUAUGAGAGAGAAUGGGAGAGAGAGGUGCGGGAUCGGGAUGGGAGAUCAGGUGAACGAUACGCUGAGAGAGUGGAGAGGAUGGAGAAAGAGGAACGAGGGGUGGGAGGAGGAGGAGCGGGGGAGCAGCUACGAGAGAGACAGGCGCAGGCACAGAUAGGUGGUGGAGGAGGGGGGGAGCAGCAGAGGGAGCGGGCGCAGAGCCGGGUCGGAGGGGGAGUCGGAGAAGCAUGGCAGCAGCAAAGUUCGGGGGGUAGGAUGAUGGCGAGUGGAGGAGGAGGGGGAGGGGGAGGAGGAGGAGGAGGAGGAGGAGGAGGAGGAGGAGGUAGCAGUAAUCAGGCCCAUCUGUCAAAGCAAAGUAAGAUGGAGCGGGCAGCUUCGCCUCCUGCAACGAAGAAACUCAAGCUGAAGGUUGGCGGGAUGACCACAAGCUCGCAUACGGUGCGGGUGGGGGUGGAGAGAGAGAGGGAGAGGGGAGUGGGCGGUGGAGGCGAAAAAGAGAGGGGAGGAGAGAAAGAGAGGGGGGGAGAAAAAGAGAGGGGAGGGGAGCGGGAGAGGGACAGAGAUCGCGAAAAAGUUCGGUUAAGGGAGCGGGAGAAAGAGAGGAGAAUGGAGAGAGGAGACAGGCAUGAGAGGUGGGAGAGAGGGGAAGGAGGAGGUGUAAGGGAGAAAGACAGGGACGAGAGGGGUGGUUCUCUCAUUAGGGGCGGGAGUGUCAUUGGCUCAGAAGGCGGAGGGGUAGAUGGAGGAGUAGCGGGGAGCAGAGGGGGGGACAUGCCUGCAGAGAGGAGGGGAGGAGGGGUUGAUGACAGCAGGCCUACCCGAUCGUCGUCAUCCGCACCUUCACCCCUGCGGACAACCCCGGGCAGCGGGAGCGGCGGGAAAUCGAGGGGUGUGGUCGAUCCCCCCACCGCACCUGGUGGCCUUGGCGAUGACAACGCGAGCACUGUUGGAGUGUUAGGGGAGGUGGCAUGGCGGUAUCCCAUUGAGCUUGCAGCUGGCAAGGGGGCUGAGGAGAAAAGGCAUGCACAAGGGGGUCACAUCAUGCCCAGCGGCGGAGGCGGCGGUGGUGGCGGAGGCGGCCCAGGAGGAGGAGGAGGAGGAGGAGGAGGGCAAUCCAUGGGCUCUGUGCAUGACAACACUCAGCAACUCACACAACAGCACACAGGAAUAUCAACAUUGAAGGGGGUGGAGAAGAGUGGUGGCAGUGGCGCAGUAGGAGGAGGAGGAGGAGGAGGAGGAGGAGGAGGAGGCGUUAUGAAGAGAACUGGAACCAAAAUGCCUGCUAAGGAGGAGGCGGAGAAUCCUCCCAAGAGGAAACGGCACAGACUUAUCCUCGAAGACUCGGAGGAUGAAGAUGAUGGUGUUGGUGGGGGACCUGGUUUCCCUGCUCCAGCUGUGGAGCAGAAGCAGCAGCAUGAAGGAAGUCAAAGUCAAAGUCAGACCGGAAGAGAUGAGUCACGAGAGACGCAAGCCGUAUCGUCAUGUAAGUCCCCAGUUGCUCCUAAUAGAUCACAAGCAUCAGGGUUGGAGGAGAAGCUUACUGUCCCAUCAUUGGCUAAUCAGCAAUCAAAAGGAGUAGGAGGAGUAGGAGGAGUAGGAGGAGGAGUAGGAGGAGGAGGAAGAGGGGGGGGGGCUUUAUCGGAGGCAAAGCAAGGUUCGGCAACAGUUAUGGGUUUGGCAGGGCCCUCGAGUGAUGGCUGCUCCAAACGGUCUGACGAGGGGUUGGAGGGCAUGCCAUCUGCACCAGUUCUGCGUGGACAUGAUGCGAGGCAACAGGAAUCCACUGGGAAGGCAGCAGUGCCAGGCACUUCUAGUGGUAAUGUAGGCAGAGCAGGUGAGACUGAGUUAGGACAGCAAGUGAAAAGAGAGGAUGGCUUAGGACGGAGCAAGGCAGAGGAGCUAACACAGGAUAGGUCCAAGCGAAGGUGGGGGGAAGGACGGAGGAUGGCGAUAAGACGUAGUGGGAAGGAAGAUCAUGACGUGGGUGUCGACGGAGGAGAGAUAAAUGGGCAGAGCCCUUUCGUACCUCCAGCCACCCGCUGGGCAUCAGUGUCGGGUAGGGGUGAAGGAGAGGGAGAAGAAGAACAAGAGGAAGAAGAAAGAGGAGCGGAAGAAGGAGAAGAAGAGGAGGAAGAGGAAGAAGAGGGAGGAGGCACUGCGGAUGACUCCCCAGAAGAAGAGUACACGAGGAAAAGGUCCAAAACCACAGUUUUAACUAAAGGGGGUUCAUUGAAAGGGGGUGGGGCUGCUGCGAGGUUGUCAGUUUCAGGACUCACUGCGAGACAGAGGGCCAUCCAACAAGGGCAGCAGCAGGAGCAGGAGGGGGUGGGAUGGGCUGGUGCAGGGCCAGGAGGCGGAUCCAACGGUCUUCUCGAGUUUCCGGAUGGUCUGAUUGAUGGCAAGAAGAAGAAGGGGAAGGAAGACUCGGAGGCGGACAGGCAGUUGAAGAGGGCAGAGGCGGCGCGGAAGCGGCGGUUGCAGAUGGAGAAGGCUGCCAAGGAGGUUCAAGCUGCCACCAUGCAGAAGAUUCUGGGGCAAGAGAGCUCGCGCAAGAAGAGGGAAGGCAAACUGCUAAGGCAGAGGCACGAACAGGAGGAGGAGCGAAGGGCCGCUGCCUUGCAGCCUGCACACAACAGCAUACGUUGGGUCAUCGGUGCAGAGAAGACUAUCGUCUCCUUUUCCGAGGAUGUGGGACUUCCAGAUGUUCUGUGUGCAAAAGACCCUCCCCUGUACCCUCCACCACGGCAGAAGUGCUCUGUCCCAGCAUGCGGGAAUCCGUAUGUCUAUCGCUGCUCGCGAUCAAAGAUGCCCCUCUGCAGUCUGCAAUGUUAUCGAGCUAUCAGAAAGCUCACAGGUGAUACUGUAAACAUCAGGCCCUCGAGCGCUUGAUCCCCAUCUGUCAAAUUCCCUUGUUUGCAUCGAUUAGACAGCACCUGUGGAUAGCGCACACAGAUUGUUUGUUGCUGGGUUAGAUUGGUUGAUGAAUGAUGAUUGUUUCUUUCCUCUGGUAGUAAAAGUGGUAAAUAAAAGAAGGGACAAUCGAUCAGCAGAGAGUCGGAGACUGAGUGCGUAGAUAUUGGUGGAGAAGGAUUGGACCCCCUCUCCCAUCUUUUGUCCCACUCAUUUGUUCUGCUACGCCCCGCCACCUCACCAACGUGUUAACCGUCAGCUGUGAUAGCACUGUCUCCCCUUGUCCUUCUCACCUCUCUUGUGACUCUUUUUUUUGUUUCGUUUGCUGUGCAAGUGACGGGUGUCUUCAAGGAUACCCUUUGUGCUUGUUCUCUUUCUAUUCCGUCCCUGACCCUAUCAACACUGUUGUCUUUUGCAAGCCCUGUACCUGUCCCUCCUCUUUGCUCAGUUGUUGAGUUUGGUGAGAGUCGUCUGUGAGUUGAUUCAUGCUUCUGCUUCUUUGCGGAUCGUGGCGUACAGUCACCAGAUGUCUUGCCUCGCCGGGUUUGGGUUAGAACUUAGAAGCCCACCUUUAAACCGCUACCGGUAGUACGCGCGGGCCGAGAGGCGAUCCACUGCGCGCCAAGCUUUUUGCCAAACCGUCACCGGUGCACUUUUUUUCUUCUCUGGGUAGUGCCACCAGCCGUUGUGGUCUGGUAGGCCCGAGGCACAAAAUUGUCGGAGUCGGCGACGAAACAUUCUCUGCAAGGUUGGGGCGGUGUACUAGCGGUUUAAGAGUGUGCAGGUUGAUUGUUUUUUUUACUUUUCACGCACCCUCUUAUGGCAUAAACCCACUCAAUCACACUGGGGCUAUAUCGGCGAAUGUGGUCUUAAAUCAGGUUGGGUACGUUUUUAUCACUGGUCCUCAUGAGAGGAUGAUGUUACGAAUGCCGACAGGCCACAGCGCCCUUUCCUGCACGGACCGAGGCUGAUGUCCAUAGAUGACCGACCACGCUGCCAUUGGGCUUGUGUAGCUACGACAUCACGGUACGGUACUCAUCCGGUGAUCAGGUUUAUACAUCCACAUCAUCACAGAAAGAAUUGGCGAUUCCAUGUAAACAGGCAGGUGAUCUAGCACGGCCCCAGGUGGCUACUGCAUUCCACCUCGCUUUGCCGCUCUGCGGUUUGUCACAUGAACUCCUUCCUGAGCAAGGAUGGGAGAGAGGGAGCAGGUUCUUGUGAGGGUCGACGUGUAUGAAGCAUCCCUAUGCUCGUGUCACAUUAUCAGUGGUCAUUGCGACCAUCUCUUUUUCCUGCCCAUGAACAAACGAUACAGCAGGGGCGGGCACAUUGAGGUAAGGUGGAAAUGAACCACCAUCCCGAAC